AUGGCUCUUACCCAGCAUGGUAAGAAUCCCAUCGAGAGUGAUCAGCACGUCUCUGUCAGCGAAUUGAAGGCAAAUGUGAAAGAGAAAUUCAAGGUGUCAGAGCUUUGCUGCAAAGACCUGAUUCAGUGCUUCACUGUGGUGUAUGUGUACACUGCCCUGUCAAACACAUUUGGAGAUGUAGCCACUGGUUCAGAGACGUUGAACAAGCACAAGCCGUGGAUUGAGACAUCCUACCAUGGCGUGAUCACAGAGAACAUGGACACUGUACUGCUGGACCCCCCUCUGGUCGCUCUAGACAAGGAUGCCCCUGUCCCCUAUGCUGGGGAGAUUUGUGCCUUUAAGAUCUACGGUCAGGAUGCUCCAUUUGAGGCGGUGGUGUUGAAUCGCACAUCAGGAGAAGGGGUCCUGAGGGCCAAUAGCCCUGUGGACUGUGAGAGCCAGAAAGAGUACACCUUCAUAAUCCAGGCAUACGAUUGUGGGGCCGGACCCAGCGGGGCUGACUGGAAGAAAUCACACAAGGCGGUGGUUCACAUCCAGGUAGAUGAUGUCAACGAGUUCUGUCCUGUGUUUCGAGAGCCACUGUACAAGGCGUCAGUAACCGAAGGCAAGAUAUACGACAGCAUUCUGCAGGUGGAAGCAUGGGACCAGGACUGUUCACCACAAUACAGCCAAAUCUGCAACUAUGAAAUUGUCACUGCACGGACGCCAUUUGCCAUAGACCGCAAUGGUAACAUCAGAAACACAGAGCGUCUGAGCUACGACAAGCAGCAGAGCUACAAGAUCAUGGUGACGGCUUUCGACUGUGGUCAAAAGAGAGCAAAGGAGGACGUGGCUGUGCAUAUUGAUGUCAAGCCUGUCUGCAAACCUGGAUGGCAAGGUUGGAACAAGCGGGUGGACUAUGAACCGGGGACUGGAAGCAAGCAGCUGUUCCCCAAGAUGCGCUUGGAAACCUGCGGUGGUCCCCUGUCCGGCGUGAGGGCGAUGGUGGAGCUGCAGACCAAUCACAUCGGGAAGGGCUGUGACCGAGAAACCUACGCUGAAAAGUCUCUCCAAAAGCUCUGCGGUGCAGCAUCUGGCAGCACCGACCUCCUUCCUGCCCCCAGCCCUUCCACAAACUGGACAGCCUCUCUGCUGACUGACAGUGGGCGAGACAGUGACCUCAUCUACAGAUUUGACGGACGCCAGGCUGCCAAUGUUCCAGAUCACGUGGUGCCCCAAAACCUAACAGACCAGUUCACCAUAGCAACGUGGAUGAAACACGGGCCCAGUCCAGGACUCAGAGCGGAGAAGGAAACCUUACUGUGUAACUCUGACAAGACAGAGAUGAACCGCCACCAUUACUCUCUGUAUGUACACAACUGCCGCCUGGUGCUCCUGCUCAGGAGAGACUUCACUCAGGUCGACACCUUCAGACCUGCCGAGUUCCACUGGAAACUGGAACAAAUUUGUGACAAGGAAUGGCAUUAUUAUGUUAUCAACGUGGAGUUUCCUGCGGUGACACUAUUUGUGGAUGGUGUGACCUACGAACCCUACUUGGUGACGGAUGACUGGCCGAUCCAUGCCUCAAAGAUUGAUACACAGCUGACUGUGGGUGCCUGCUGGCAAGGUGGAGAGGUAGCCACCCCCAGGUUCACUCAGUUUUUCCAUGGCAGCCUGUCAGGUCUGACGAUCCGACCAGGCCGGAUUGAAACCCAGAAGGUUAUCUCGUGUUUGCAGGCCUGUAAAGAAGGACUUGAUAUCAACUCCCUCGAGAGCCUGGCUAAGGACAUAAAGUUCCAUUUCAACCCUGCCCAGUCUGUGCUGGUUGUGGAAGGAGAGGAUGUGGACAGCAUCAACACAGCCAUGACCAAGGUCUCCUACAUCAACUCUCGCCAGUUCCCCACCGCAGGCCUCCGGCGGCUGCACAUCACCACCACAGUGCAGUGUUUCGGGGAGGACACUUGUCUCUCCAUCCCGGACGUCAAGGCAGUGGUUAUGGUGCUGCCGCCCAGUGAACCGAGAAUCACAAUUACAGGAUCUAAUCGACUCGUCAGGCCUGCCGCUGACCUGCAGGGCCCGCUGGGUGUGGCCCCCUUCAAGGAGCUUCACAUCACCAGCACCGUAAUGAAGGGAGGCAGCUUCGGUGGAUUCCAUAGGCCAGGUGUGAAGGAGGUGAUGCACAACCUGGACUACUGUGACAUCCUGGUCAUUGGAGAGGAACUGAGCCCCGAGAGAGAGAGUCUGGAGAUUCAUCACAACGCUUUGUUGGGAAAACAUCUGGACGCCACCAACUCCACCUCUGGAAUUUCCAUAUAUGGUGUGGACUCCAUGGCUCACUAUGAGCAGGCGCUGAGGCAGGUGCGCUACAGGAACUGGCGACCUGCCACUCUGACAGAGCGCAGGUUCAGACUCACCUGCUCCGAGCUCAACGGGCGUUACACCAGCAACGAGUUCAACUUGGAGGUCGGUGUUCUCCACCACUCAGCGCCUGUGGAACAUGUCAAUCAUAUGGCAGCCCAGCCCCAGUACAUGAGACCUGUCCAUCACCCACUCAUGAUACACACUCCAAACUCACACAUGUCAGGAGCAGCGCCACCAGCAGCGACAGCAGUGAUCGUGGUUUGCAUCGCCGCCCUGGUUGUGAUUGUGGUGAUUGGUGUGUACAGGAUCCACGCCACACAUCAGGAGGGGUCCAGAGAGGACGAGGACGAGGUCAAGGACCCCGAGGGGGACUGGGACAAGUCUGCCCUCAACAUCACCGUCAACCCCAUGGAGAACGUGAGAGGAGCACAAGCUGUGGACGAGGAGGUAAAAGAAGAGAAGCAGGUGGAGGAAGAGGAGGAGGAGGACGAAGAACAAGGAUUGACGAGUGCUGAGUCAGACAACAGUGACGAAGAGGAGGACGAGGAAGAGAGAGAGGAGAUGAAGAAGAGGAAGCAGAGGGGAAGACUUGAGUGGGACAGUUCCUCCAUAAAAUACUGAUCACACAGAAACACACACACACAUAAAUAUAAACCUACAUAUACACAACACUCUGCAAGUGUGUCGCUCCCAAGUUGUUAUUUUCAAUGAAACAUCACCCUCUGCUGGACAAAAUCAGAAGUACAGAAUCAGCUGCUGCCUCUCAGCGUCUGUAUGCACAUGAAUUAAGAUUCACAUCACAGUCAGUGAGGCAGAACAAAAUACAUCCAACAAGCACAGCCCUUUCAUUAUGUGUGCAGAAUUAGUCUGAGUUUCACUGACAACACUGAACUUCAAACUCGCAAAUGAUCAAGAGUGAAAUCUGAAAAAUGGCGACACGAGGAUGAUUUGAGCUUUUACGUCCACAUUUAAUAUUUGCAGUUAUGUGUGUCCUCAGAUACGUUUUGUAUUUGUUCCUCUCUAAAGAGAUUGUCUGCAAGACGGCGAGUUACAAACAGAUUAUACAGCGAGAUGUAUCCCCGUACAUAUCCAUUGAUAAAUGUAUUCAUUAAACCUUUUUAAUAGAAUUCCUUCAGCCUAUUUAGUAGAUAUAAAAUAGCUGUAUUGUCACUAAGUGUAUAACCUCUGUUCUCAGCGUUAAGUCGUCAUCUGUAACACUUUUCUGUCUCUAACGUGUGUGUGAUCAGAGCUGAGUUUCACCAAACGCAUCACAGUGCUGUGGUUCUGUGGCCUGGAGACAAGAGAGAAAUCUGCAUCUUUUACAUUAAUACUGCACAUUAAUCCCGAUUUACACACAAGUCAAAGAUGAAUUAUUGUCUGUUUAACAUAUAUUUAAUUUUCAAAAUCAUUACUUUUCCGUCUGUUCAGAGCCGGGGGACAAAGUUGUUUGCGGUUGAACUCCUCUCAGAACCGGGCUGAUGUCGUUCAGAGCCUGUUUGCAUGUGUCCUGAUCCAUUACUAUUUACUAUUGAAAUCCACUUCAUGUCUUGAUUUUAAUUCCAUUUAAACAAUGCCUUCUAUGCAGUUAAAGAUCCAGUAAAACCAGUUCACAGACACUGAAAGUCCAACUAUUUAGACUUUUAGAGGAUCAGUGCCUGACUGGACCUUUGUUGCCCAGUAUGGGUCAAUCUCAAAAAUAUGCCUGAUCUUACACUACCCAUAAUGCAUCUCAGUUGGACAUCCCUGCAGCUUAAAACCUCAGUACAGUGCAGACCUGUAGCAGAGCAGAGACGAUGUGGCUUCUUGAUGUGAAAUGGCAAAGUUCCUCUUAUCAUGGAUGGAUUUUCAAACCACAACCCACAUAACCAAAUAUCACACGGGCCCUUCAACCACGCAGCAUACGUCACUUUGAGAUUAUAUUUAUUUAUUUUUACAUGUUAAGACAACAGUAAGUGUCAGAUAAAGUUUUAACACAAUGAAAUUUAAAAUAAAAUGAUUUCAUUUCAU